AUGCGUCACUCAUUUAUAUCUCGGUGCGCAUUCAUCAGCUGCCUGCUGGGAAGCAGCUUCCAUGCCCACGCACAAUCAGGAACAUGUUCCAACACCCAGCCGUGUACCUCUGGCUGUUGCUCAAACAGCGGACACUGUGGAUUUGGGCCCGACUUUUGCGGAUCUGAUGCCUGUGUCUCCACCUGUGAUGCGGUGGCCGAGUGUGGAGAAUAUGCUGCUGUCAAUGGUACAAGAUGUCCGUUGAAUGUUUGCUGUUCCCCGUAUGGCUUCUGCGGUACAACAGAACUUUUUUGCGGCACUGGUUGUCAGAGCGGAUGUGAGGCUGUAAACAAGCCCUCCUGCUCCGGGACAUCAUCAGAUGCGAUAUACAUGGGUUACUACGAGGGAUGGAAUCCUACGCAGAGAAUGUGUGACAUCCUUCUUCCCCAGGACAUAAAUGUGACGCCUUGGACACAUCUGUACUAUGCCUUUGCUGGAAUUGAUAGCACAGACUCGACCAUCACCACCACGAAUCCGAACGACGAGGAGUAUUGGAGACAGUUCACAGCUCUGAAACAGAAGAAGCCGUCACUAAAGACGUAUAUCUCCGUCGGAGGCUGGGACCUUGGAGGUAAAGUAUUCUCAGAUAUGGUCAAAUUUCCCGGCACUCGGCAAUCGUUCAUCACCUCAGCUAUCGCAAUGAUGAAACAAUACGGGUUUGACGGGAUCGACAUUGACUGGGAGUAUCCUGCUGCCGAGGAUCGCGGCGGCGUCGAGGGAGAUACAGCCAACUUGGUCAAAUUCCUUGCAGAAAUGCGGGAUGCGAUAGGCAAUGAUUUUGGUCUUACAGCGACCUUGCCUUCAUCGUAUUGGUACAUGAAAGGGUUCGACAUCGUCAGCAUGGCGAAAUACGUCGACUACUUCAACUUCAUGGCUUACGAUAUCCACGGCACCUGGGAUGGCACAACAAGCAAUUCAAGCAGUCCUGAUGUUAAUCCGCACACCAACCUCACCGAAAUCAGUGCCGGGCUCGAUCUCCUAUGGCGAAAUAGUAUUGAUCCCAGCAAGGUUCUGCUUGGGUUAGGAUUCUACGGACGCUCGUUCACUCUGGCAGAUCCGUCGUGCAACACGCCAGGAUGCCCCUUUUAUACUAAAAAUAACAGCACCGGUGGUGGUGUGGCGGGAGAAUGCACCGUCACCAGCGGGAUUCUCUCCGACUACGAGAUCAACCGCAUCUUGGAGCAGUAUAAUGUCAAUGUUGAGUACGACGCGACAGCGGGAGUCAACUGGAUGACCUGGAAUAGCAAUCAAUGGGUAUCUUAUGAUAACGCCCGGACGCUCAGGCAGAAAGCGGACUUUGCGAAUGGCAAGUGUCUGGCUGGACUGUUCAGCUGGGCUGUUGAUCUCGGCGGCCCUGGAACGCUGACCAACCCUAACGACCUCACUGCAUCUGAUUUCAGUAUGGCCGGCGCCAGUACUGACGGCGGCGAUGAUGGAUCGGGGAUUGUGUACGUUGGCCAGGACAUCUUUGGCCCGUCGCCUACAGUCUCUGCCAUUGCCCCCGUCAGCCUCAUCUUCCCCCCUUUCGUCCUUCCUACCCCGACGGUGAUCACUCCAGACCCUUAUCCAACAUCACUGGAGGUGGCGUGGCCUACGGUCUUGCCUGUGGUGACCUCAGGUACCACCACCUACACCACCACGAUCACACGGACAAUUGUGAACACGACGCUAGAGGUGUCGCCCAUAACCACCACAGCCCUGCAUUUUUGGGGGUGGAACCUGACGAAUGGUGUCAAUUCAACAUCAGGUCCUCUCAUCAUCAGUCUUGAUAUUCCCGAUACCACCAUAGAAAUCGGUCCAGUCCCUGGAGUCACUCGAACGCCCACCCCCCGUGUUGUGAAGAUCCCGCCCUGGCCUUGGGUAACCACUACCGGCGGCAUCGAGCCCACCGUUCACUUCAUCCAGGGCAAUCCCCCGAGUCCCACAUGCACUGCCAACUGCGGUCACAAGUGCUACAGCUUCUGCGAUGGGCCAUGCCUCGUCGACUGCGGGUCUGACAGCGGCAGCUCGUCAGGCUUCCUUGACCCGGAGGACUCGGACCCGCCGUCAGUCGGCAAAUGCGUUGGCCCAGACUGCAAGAAUGGAAAAUGUACGGGCACCUUGUGCGUUCAGAAGGGCUGUACUGGCGAUGACUGCGAGUCUGGCAUUUGUCUGGGCUCACAUUGCACCCCCACGGGCUGUACAGGGUCUGAUUGUGAUGACGGGCACUGCGCGGGGAGCCACUGCCAGGAUCACGGCUGUGUGGGCUCUGAAUGCAAUAGUGGCUCCGGCACCUGCUGGGGACUCAGCUGUCUGUCCUGGGGAUGCAUAGGCCUCGAUUGCUCCGGCUCCUCCUUCACCUGCAGCGGCCCUUUGUGCCAUGUGGUGUCUUGCUCAGGGCCCAAAUGCUCUGAGGGGAUCUGCACGGGUAGUGGCUGCCAGUCUGAGGACGGGGACUGCCAAUCGAGCGAGGCAGACGUCUGUACGGAAUGGAUCACCAGCACGCUCGUCACGCCUGCGUCUACGUAUUCCACGUCGACCAUCACCUCCCACUGCUCGACCAUCACCGCCUGCUCAGCCCAAGCCACCACUAGUACCAGUACAGUCGGCUCAAGUGGGCUGGUCGAGGGAACCGUCUCGGACGUCUACUUUAGUCCAACGGCCAACUCAAACCUGGCAGCCAGCGCAGACGCCUAUUGGUCUACCUUCUGGUCGCAGUUCGAGGGGGCAUCCCCAACAACUAUAUCACCGACGACUACACCACCGACGACUACAUCACCGACUACCACCACGACUGCCCCCUCCACAACAAACAUCCCGAACUCGUUCAUGAUCUUCAAGUACGAAGUUCAUACCGUAUACUUUGAUACGAGCGAGACUUAUUCAUACUCCUGGUACGGCGACUACUACAGCUACAUGCAGGAUGUAACCUCCGACAAUGUCUGCACCAAUUCCUACAAGGUCAUUGGACCCGUAGAUGCCAACGCAGGAGACCCAUUCCCAGCCUCCCUGAGGUCUUUUAAUCUCCCUGCCCAGUACACCGGAUGUACCUACUCGGGGAGCACUGACUCAGUAGGAUCAGUGAGCUGUGGGUCAAACCAAUUCUCCUGCAGCAAGAUCGAUGGCUAUGAUGGGAAGACCCCAACCUACGACUGCGGAAAGACGACCGCGGACGGCGGAAGCACGUAUAUCUACCACUACUACUUCGAGGCGAUCCAGUGCUCAAUCACAUACUAG